CUCGGCCACGCCCGCGCGAGCUCUCUUCUCGCGAGGCCAGUUAGGCCCGAAUGUCGUUAGCCGUGGGGAAAGAUGGCGGAAAAUUUAAAAGGCUGCAGUGUGUGUUGCAAAUCUUCUUGGAAUCAGCUACAGGACCUGUGCCGCUUGGCCAAGCUCUCAUGCCCUGCUCUCGGCAUCUCCAAGAGGAAUCUCUAUGACUUUGAAGUCGAGUACCUGUGUGAUUACAAGAAGAUACGCGAACAGGAGUAUUACCUGGUAAAAUGGCGUGGAUACCCAGAGUCAGAGAGCACCUGGGAGCCACGGCAGAAUCUCAAGUGUGUGCGCAUUCUCAAGCAGUUCCACAAGGACUUAGAACGAGAACUGCUCCGGCGGCACCACCGGUCAAAGCCACCCAGGCAUCUGGACCCAAGCUUGGCCAGCUACCUGGUGCAGAAAGCCAAGCAGAGGCGGGCACUCCAGCUCUGGGAGCAGGAGCUCAAUGCCAAGCGCAACCAUCUGGGACGCAUCACUGUGGAGAAUGAGGUGGAUCUGGACGGCCCCCCGCGGGCCUUUGUAUACAUCAAUGAGUACCGUGUUGGUGAGGGCAUCACCCUCAACCAGGUGGCUGUGGGCUGCGAGUGCCAGGACUGCCUGUGGGCACCCGCUGGAGGCUGCUGCCCUGGGGCAUCACUGCACAAGUUUGCCUACAAUGACCAGGGCCAGGUGCGGCUGCGAGCUGGGCAGCCCAUCUAUGAGUGCAACUCCCGUUGCCGUUGUGGCUAUGACUGCCCCAACCGCGUGGUACAGAAGGGCAUCCGCUAUAACCUCUGUAUCUUCCGCACGGAUGAUGGGCGUGGCUGGGGCGUCCGCACACUGGAGAAGAUCCGCAAGAACAGCUUCGUCAUGGAGUACGUGGGAGAGAUCAUUACCUCAGAGGAGGCGGAGCGGCGGGGCCAGAUUUACGACCGCCAGGGUGCCACAUACCUCUUCGACCUGGACUACGUGGAGGAUGUGUACACCGUGGAUGCCGCCUAUUAUGGCAACAUCUCCCACUUUGUCAACCACAGUUGUGACCCCAACCUCCAGGUGUACAACGUCUUCAUAGACAACCUUGAUGAGCGGCUGCCCCGCAUUGCUUUCUUUGCCACAAGAACCAUCUGGGCAGGCGAGGAGCUCACUUUUGAUUACAACAUGCAAGUGGACCCCGUGGACAUGGAGAGCACCCGCAUGGACUCCAACUUUGGCCUGGCUGUGCUCCCCGGCUCCCCCAAGAAGCGGGUCCGUAUUGAAUGCAAGUGUGGGACUGAAUCCUGCCGCAAAUACCUCUUCUAGCCCUUCGAAGUCUGAGACCAGACUGACUGUGGGGGCCUAAAGCCACUCAUCCCAUCUACCCCCUACCCACUUGCCCUCCGGUUGAGGAAUGACUGCCAGGGCCUCCUGUCUGCCUCUGCCUGCCCCCACCUGCCCUGUGCUCGGGGUUGCAGUGAGGACUGACUUCCAGAAAAUCCCUCUCCCAGUCCCAGCUCCAUCCAUGGGUUGCACUUACAACCCCCUGCCCACCUUGAGAAGUAAUUUGUCAAAACCAAGAGUUUCUGAAGUUGGGAUUCAUGGCCUAUCAAGGAGGUCCAAGGGGUAAGCCCCAGCCCUAGAAUAUAAAGAUGUUUAUGCACCUGCUUCUGCCUGGAGCUUGAGGGGUCUGUUGCGGGCCCUCUCUUUACUGCUCCAAGAGUGCAGAAGCCGCCUCAGGGCAGGCUGACAUAAGAGCUCAGACUUCCCAGCCCACUUGGUGAAAGAGGGGGUUUGCAGGGCUGGGGACUGGUUUCUGCUUAUGCUCACAUGUAGGCUGUGCAUCCAAGAAGUAGACGCCCACAUGCCACUGGAAGGAGAGUGGAUGCCCAUGGCCCACUGGCCAAUGAGAGGAAGGCAGUCCAGACUCUCCAAGCCCUUAAGGUGG